AUGCCUCACCACCCUACCGCCCCCCGCUCAAACUCUCCCGCCGACGCACUCCUCCGCUGGCACCGCACCACCAAACUCUCCUCCCCCACCUCUCUCAACAGCCUCCUCGCCCUCCUCAGCAGCACCACCCCCUCCACCCUCGCCGAGCUCGCAAAAGCGCACCACGCCGCCGCCGUGCCCUCCAGCCCGCGCUGGUCCGGCUUCCACGCCUGGAUAUGCAACCGCCCUCUCUGCGCCAAGCCGCCCAUCUCCUCACGCACCAGCCAAACAGAGGCCGCAGAAGCCUUCCUGGCGCUCUACCACACGGGCAUCAUCCCCGCCGCCGCAGCUCAGAGAAAGAGCUCGAUAGGUCGCUCUAGGCGCGACAGCGGCACAAGCACACCUCCACCUCUACGCAGCCCUCGCGGGCUCCGCAUCCUGGACCCGACACUAGACGACCUGCCCCGCUGGUGGGCCAAGGCGAGCGAGCAGACGCUUUGUUCUUUCGCGUGGAUGCUGAGCGUAGACUCGGACAUCGACGAGGAGUUUCGCGCGUGCUUGGAGGGCGAUCUCGCAGCGUUCAAGAGCGCGAUGCAGAAGUUCCGACAGGGGCGCGUUGAGAAGAGUGCGGCGUAUAUCGCUAGGUAUGGAGAAAGGGGGCAGGCCGACAAGAGCGAUGCUCGCUGGGACCAGCUGGCAACGGUGGCCGGGUGGGCGGUGUAUAGGCUGCUGGAGGCGAGCGGGGAACCGGAGGUUGUGUGGAGGCUAAAGGAGGAGGAGAGGAGGGUGGCGAGGUUGCCGGUCGCGAGUAAAGAGACGUUUGAGGAGAUCUGGCCGCCGAUUGAUGCGCCGAGGGCUGGAUUUAGGAUUCCGAAGAAGGUUGAGCGGGAGACAAGAGCGCCGCAGCCGCAGCGGCAGCAGGAGAAGGUGGUGAGGAAGGAGACGGUUCGACCGGUCGUCUCUGAGCCUGUCAAGCAGAUCAUGUUUCCCAAGGACAGAUUCAGGAAGGAGCAGUGCUUGAUAACUGUGAUAGAGGCGUAUGAAGUCGAGAUUGACAGUUGGUAA